AUGAUUGAACCAAACAUGACGCUUACAACAAGAACAGACUGGGCCGCACGCGUGAGAGCCGCCAUGGAGCUCUUCAACGAGGAGCGCUAUAACCUCUGUGAGGUUGAAGUGCGCGCUCUGCUCGCGUAUCCGGAGCUACCACAAUACUACCACGUACAGUGUCUGGUCAUCCUCGCCACAUGCGUCGGAAACUGGUCGGAGGGCAAGCAACAUCAAGAAUGUGCAGAGAACAUGUGGUCGCACAUGCGUUUUGUCUGGCCUGUUGAGACUGCCGGCGAGCGAAAGAAUCACGCAUUCCUCCAACUCAGAGGCAUGCUUGACGAUCUGAAGGAAGACAUGGAAGCAACCAAACCCGCCAGCCAAUGCGAGGUCCGUUUCAAGAAGUCUGAAGUCGAAUUCGUAGACAACGAGGAAGAUAUGUCGGGCGAACCUACCGGAAACGACCAAGAGAUUGUGAAGAAGGAGGAGAAAGACGGAACUCAGAGAGAGGAAAGCGGCCUCUUCCGACAGGACCACAGCGAAGACUUUCAAGACACUAAGUCGAAGCAGUCAGACAAUCAUGAAUCUGACGAGGACAACACAUCCUCUGUUUUCAGACCACGAAACAUGAAACAGUCUGACAAAGCAUCCGACACCAGCGAUUAUGGCUCCAUUAAGAACCAUGUGUUGUCCUCGUCCAGGAUCGACCAGCCCAAAGAGGAGAAAAUUGUUUCGGCAAACGACGAUGCCGCCUCAUCCAGAUCUCCUACCAAGAGUAAUCGCCACAUCCCGCUCGAGCGGUUCUUGACAUCCUCUACCACCGCUGGCCUGGGAUGUGUCACUGACCAAGCUAUGCCAAGAUCCCCUUCCUCAUUCUCGAUGGCCCCUUUCAUGCCAGAGCUUACAGAAAAGACCGAGAGCUCGACCAGCAAUUCUUGGGGAGGCUCUCUGAGGAGCAGGCUUAAGGAGAAGACUCAUUGGCGAUUCUUCAAAAAGAUGAGCGGCCGCAGCAAGAGGGGUUCGAAUGCCGAGAAGUAA